AUGAAGACUUCGUUGUUUCUCGGACUUUCGAUAUGUUUAGUGGGUAUCUGUUCUGCCCAUUUGUGUCUUCUGAAUCCUCGACAACGAGGCUCUCUGACUGGGUACAACAAAGCGGCUGCCGACGACUGCUACCUGACAACGGGCGAGUGUGGCGGCAGAAUGAGCGAUUCUAACAACAUGGCUUUCUUCAAACGUGGAAUGAACUACACAGUUGUCCUACAAAAGAACUUGGACCAUCAUAACAGUACCGACCCCGGGUCCUUCGUUGUAUCCCUCCACCAUAACACCGACAUCUCCUUUUAUACCCGAACAUUGGCGACCAUACCUGACACUGAUGCGCCCUCUCUGUCCUUGUACACGGCGGAUAUUUUCAUCCCCAGUGACCUUCAGCUCAGUGAGAGCCCCGUCUUCGUCCUAGAGGUCGUCUACAACACUAACACCAUUCCUAUCGUCUUCCGGCAGUGCGCAGACAUCUUAGUCCUCGCGUAA